UCUCGCAUUUAGAUACCUUUACUUCCGAGUAUCCUUUGUAUUGGUGGAUUCCUUAUCAGCGUUUGGGCCAGGCAUUCUUCGGGCAAAGUUGGCAAAUUCGAACGCAUUUGUGUUUGGUGUUUCGUCGAGAUCAGUUGGUGCACUUCUUCAACAUGCGAAAAUUCGUCGUCUUCUUCUUUGUGGGGGCGGCUUGUCUGCUCAGCACCAUCUCAGCUGGUCCCGUUGGGCGUCCACCUGGCAAUGAAGCUUUAAUGGUGGUCCAGCCGCCCGUUUCCGGCCUAGACUGGGUGAAGAACCACGUGGGCACGAUCGCCUCAGGUUUCCUUGGGUUCAUUGGCGUAGUGAUGGUGCUGGCCAUUCUAUUCCAGCCCGUCUAUGUCUACCAGCUUUGCUACGCCUUGGGAGGCUGCCAGGACACUCUGGAGGAUUAUCUGGAUGCUCUGCUGAAAGAGGAUGCGCCAGAAAAGAGGAGGAUUAAGCGCGAUAUGAAGGAUUCAGACCUGGACUAUGCGAUGAGGAUUAUGAAAAUGGCCAUUCAUCUCUACGGACAAAACACUUCUGAGAACGAAGUGCAGAAAAAUCAGAACACAACCGACCAUGAUGUGGAGCGUCGAUCACCCGUCGACUUUAUCGAGCCCGUUAUGUUGAUGAUGUCCACCAUGUACAAAGAAUUCUUGGGCGAUGAGCAAAAAAAAAACUUCAAGAAACCGCCAUCCAUAAGAUAGCCGUAUUGCUGGAGGCCAUCCCGAUCUUCGCUGGUGUGGUGCGGAAGUUGUUUCUGCUCUAUGAGAACUUGGUAGGUUUCUUGGAGGCUUUGAGCAAGCUUUACGUUGUUGCCGGUCGGCUCUCUUAUUAAUUGCCAUAUGUAGUAGACGCAGACUGAAAGUUCGGUAGAAUUAAAUAGAUUUUUGACGAGGA